GGCACCUGCCAGACGGGCAGAGGAAAGCAGACAAGGUGGUCUCGAAAGAAAGGGCCAUGCUUGGCUUGAAGACACUUCCGUUUCUGUUCUUACUCCACACGCAGCUUGCCAAGGCCCUUCCAAUACCACCUGAAGUCCUGGAAGAGAAAAAUGCAAAAAUUGUUGAGAAUUACCUACAAAAAUUCUACCACUUACCAAGCAACCAAUAUCGGUCUGCAUGGAGUAACAGUGCAAUGGUUGCGGAGAAGCUUAAGGAAAUGCAGCGCUUCUUUGGCUUGAACGAGACGGGGGAGGCAGAUGCAGCUACUCUGGAGAUGAUGGGCAAGCCUCGCUGUGGAGUGCCUGACUCUGGGGAUUUCAUGCUAACCCCAGGAAGCCCUAAGUGGGCACACACUAACCUGACCUACAGGAUUAAAAACCAAACCCCACAGUUGUCAGAGUCAGCAGUGAAAACAGCAAUCGAGAGAGCCUUUCAGUUGUGGAGUGUGGCAUCUCCCCUGACCUUCACAGAGAUCUCAAAGGGAGAAGCAGACAUCAACAUUGCUUUUGUCGCAAGAGAGCAUGGUGACAAUUCUCCAUUUGAUGGACCCAAUGGGAUCCUCGCCCAUGCCUUUCAGCCAGGUCAGGAUAUUGGAGGAGAUGCUCAUUUUGACUCAGAAGAAACAUGGACUCAGGACUCCAGAAAUUACAACCUUUUUCUCGUGGCUGCUCAUGAAUUUGGCCAUUCCCUAGGACUCUCUCACUCCACUGAUCCUGGUGCCUUGAUGUACCCAAACUAUGCCUACAGUGAACCCAGCACCUACUCUCUGCCUCAGGAUGAUAUCAAUGGCAUUCAGACUCUCUACGGACUUUCCAACAGCCCUAUCCAACCUACUGGGUCCAGCACCCCCACUGCCUGUGACCCCCGCCUGAGAUUUGAUGCUGUCACCACCCUCCGUGGGGAGAUUUACUUCUUCAAAGACAAGUACUUCUGGAGGCGGCAUCCUCGGCUGCGAGAAAUCGACCUCAAUUUCAUCUCUCUGUUCUGGCCGUUCCUGCCCAGUGGCAUUCAGGCUGCUUAUGAAGAGUUUGACAGAGACCUGGUUUUUCUAUUUAAAGGCAGACAGUACUGGGCCAUAAGUGGCUAUGACAUCCAGCAAGGUUACCCCAGGGAUAUAUCCAACUAUGGAUUUCCAAGCAGUAUCCGAGCCAUUGAUGCAGCUGUUUCCUAUGAAGGGAAGACAUACUUCUUCAUAAACAACCAAUGCUGGAGGUAUGACAACAGAAGAGGAGCCAUGGACCCAGGUUAUCCCAGAAGCACAGCAAGUGUUUUCCCAGGAGUAAACUGUAGAGUUGAUGCAGUUUUCCUGCAGAAUUCCUUCUUCCUCUUCUUCAGUGGACCAAAAUAUUUUGCAUUUAAUCUUGUCACUCACAGAGUCACUAGACAUGCAAGAAGCAAUUUAUGGCUUAACUGUCCCCAGCGUUGAAGCAAAAUCAGAUGUCCUUGCUGCUAAUCUGUAAAUACAAAAGGGAGCCCAGCCUGCAUGUUCAUCCCGUGUAUCCUGCUCAUAUUCUCCUCAACCAUGGCUAACGCUGCAGCCAUCCUGGAAGAACAGGUGUUUGCAAUCUUCCGUUCUCAGCAGAAGCUUCUGCACAUCCCGUGCACACCCUUCAGCACAGCCUGUGCCUAGCUAGUGAAAACACAACCAAGAGACAGCAAGCCACCCGUCAGUUUAAUCCCGGCUUUUCCUCCCGAGCCUCGUGUUUUACUGCUUUCUUACCUGACUCCCAGUAUUCCUCAAUCUCUUCAAACAUAGAAUCUAGUGAUGAAUUUUGAUUAUACAUAGGAUUAUAAACAACAUAGAGAUCAUUCCUUUUCUUUAUAGAAAAUGAGUUAUUAUUUCCUUCCUUGUGAGAUCAUAUCUUGCAGAUAGAAUCAUGCCCUUCUUUUUGCCAAGAAAAAAAAAAAAAGAAAUCUUCACCCCAGCUGUUUAUCUGAAACUGGAGUCUUUGCAGAUAGAAUUAAUGGUACGUAAGAGACAAGCCGGCUUUAUCGAGGAUUAGGAUGAGCCCUAAGUCCGUAAGUGUCCUCAUAGAAAAUGGAGGGGUGCACAUAUAACUCAGAGAUAAAGCAUUUGCCUACCAUGUUUGAUUCUGAGGGAUUUGGGGGAGAAUAACCCGAGGUAGAGGCACUCAUCGGAAGAGACCGAGCAAAGAGAUGCAUCCGAAGGCUGUUUGCCAGCACCACCCCAGUCAGUGGCAGGCAGGAGGGACCAAGAAGGGACCAUUUUCUUCAGCAAGCAGAUCCUGGUACUGAGGCAUUUGCCAAUUUGGGGUUUCUGGAUUUUGUGAA